UGCUAGCAGCUAGCCUUCGUGUUAAAAUUUGUCUAUUAAAGACGUAGAUAACACCAGCCCUGCUGUCUUCUACAUGUUAACUCGAUUAGAAAGUAGAAGUGGAAAGCAAAUCAAAAUCGGUUUACUAAUAGUUUCGAUAACCCAGUCUAACCAGGUGAGCGUUGGGGGAGGUAUUGUAAUUUAUAUUGCCUCUCCACCUUGCCACAACAGAAUAGUCCAUCGGUACUUUAUGCUGUGGAAAACAACGUUUUUGACGAUACUGAAGUUGGUUUCCGAUUCGGUAACGGGCUAAAGGGCAAUUACACUCAAUACUUCUCUACUCUGCCUAUCUUUAAUCAGCUCUAGCUCAAAAACUACAACACAUACCUUCUUCGAACCUGAACUAGAUUAUUCUAGGCGAAUAGCAGAUUGCAGCAAACGUAGUUUGUGAUUUGCGAAACUUCAAGAAAGUCAGAUUUGUCUAGCUCAAAAACUACAACACAUACCCUCUUCGAACCUGGACUACAUUAUUCUGCACUACUAGUAGAACAAAUAAAACCACCACUGGGAUUUGUGAAACUGUUUUUUAAUUUGUGGAACUUCUAUAAAGCCAGAUUUUGGCGUGUUUCCUUCAUCUAGACCACAUUAAAACAGCUGUAAUUUCAAAACUGCAAUACGUAGACAGUUCACACCUGGACUAGAGUAUUCUGCACCACUAGCAAAACAAUUAAAACCAACUUUGAGAUUUAUGAACACUUCACAUAAAAGGUCAUUUAAUACCUUUUCAUGCAUGUUGAAUACACAGCAGGGCAGAUUUCAUACAACUGUCCAAUUUUUCUUUAUUGCCUGUUCGUGCAUAAUUAAACUUUUAGUUUUUUGUUUUUUCAGUUUUUCUGUCUUCAUAGAAGAUACCAUACAUCUGAAAUUAGGGAUGCACCGAUACCGAUACAUCGGUGCAGAUACCAAUACAAUACUGGUAUCGGUAUCAGUGAAAGUUAACCGAUACCAUUGCAGUUGCUUGAAAAUGGCUUCACGGUAACUUGUCAUUUCUGUUCACCUAAUAUUUUAGUUUUGUGAUGAUUUCUAUUCAUGUAUUUUACUUUUUAUCUACCUCACAGUCUUCUCCUGAUGAAAGCAGAGAAGAAAAUAAAAUCUGUAUUCCAAAUCAUUGCAUUUUUUUUGUGUGGUAGAAGUACAGGUAUCGGUAAUCUGUAUCGGCGAGUACUCAGAUCCAAGUAUCGGUAUGCAUCGGUUUGGGAAAAAGUGGUAUCGUUGGAUCCCUAUCUGAAAUGGCCUUCUGUAAAGCUGUGAUACCUUCAUAGAGGGGACAUCCACUGAGGAACUGGGACCAACAACCAUAAUGUUGUCAUUCACCUCCUCUCCACUUUUUAGUUGUUUCUAACAUAGCAAGUUUUCCUGCUGUAGUUCUUCCGUGUCUUUGUUGUGGGUAUGACACGACAUUUUCACUCCUUUUCUUUCACUCAGUUUUCAAUUCCUUUUAUGUGUCUUUAAAGGACUUAUUGGUUCAUUAAUUGUGUGGCACGCACGCUACAGCACAUCUAAACUAUAAACUGCACAGAUGCAAACUGGGUUUCCGUGUAAGUUAGUUAAUGACUCCUGCAGGUGCGCACAAAGUGGGACAUCUGGUCAACCUAUUGUACGCUGGUCUGUCACAGAUGCGCACUGAGCUCCUUUUCAGCGCGCAGCUCGCUUGAGUUCCAGUUCCAGUGUGGAUCAGAUGCUAAAAAUAUGCAUAAAUCUGGCUUUCUUGAAGUUUCACAAAUCAGAAAAAUGUUUCACAAAUUACAAACUAUGUUUUCUGCAAUCUGCUAUUAUCCCGGUUUCACACUGCAAGCAUCAGCGGAGCGGCUCACUCGCGAACUUCAAAGCGGUCCUUUUCACACCGGGAGAGUCUUGGCUGCGGCACGGCUUCCUCACUGCGCCUCUCUGUACCCGCGAGAUUCUGAAAUCUCUCGAGACUUCCGACACCGUCCUCAUCGAGAGAUCACAACCCCCGCGAGGAAUCACACCGUUGCGCUUCUCGAAAGAAACUGGUGGUAAACCAAGCUGUUCGGUCACACGUACUGACAUGGCCAGGUGACUUUUGUCUCCGAGCUUUUGUCUAAACCUGCUCAGAAGUUGUCCAAGUAUGGUUGGUAUGCCAACGUCAGGCUGCAGAGGUUCCACAUGCCAGAGGAGACCGCCAUCGCUCGCUGGUUGUUCUCCGUGAAAAAGGGUCACACCUUCCACUGUGGACAACACAACGUCACCAUCCAUAUUCGAUGGGGUGCCCCUCCCGUUAUAAACCCAACAGGAUCAGUGUUUCCCAAUUCAACACUCUGGAGCCCCAGUUUGUCCCUGACUCUACCAGUUACCUCACAGAGCGUCACAACCUUUAACCUGUCCGACCCUGCUGCAGGUGAUUGGUACGUUGCUGCCCACCUGCCUGAGGAUGACGGGCGUAUAGAGCAGAAGGGUUUCCCAUCCUGCUCCUACUUCUUCCAGCCUCAGCUGUCUAUCAGGAGAGCGGUGGACAUGCCCGUCCUACAGCCAGACGCGUUCCUAACACAGACCGCAGCCCCUGACGGACCUGCACGCCUUAAGUUAUAUGUUCCAGAGUUUGCCUCGUCUCUCUCUGUAUCCGUGGCUGACUGCUCAUCGGGGGAGGCAGCAGAGAAUGAAAACUGUUCACUGGUCCUCAGACUUGGCUGUGCAUCUCUGCAGCUGGACCCUGUGAGGGUAAACUGCUCUGGGAUCCGCUGCUCUGCAUCCCUCCCUAACCCACCAUGGAACACCUGGUUACGUGUUGUUGUGGAGAGCAGCCAAGCAAAUCGCACUGUGACCUUUAAAGUAGUCUCAAACUACACAGUGGGAUGCAAGCCAAAAAGUGUCGGCCUCGAAGCAGACGACGACUUCGCUAAGCUCCGUGGCAACAGCAGCCCCGCUAACCCAGUGAGCAACAUCUCGGUGGUUUCAGACACGGUCACCGUUAGCAACCAUUCCUUGGCUCAGGUGUCACAGCGGCCGGUGUCUGCGUGUGUGGGGACUGUUCCCGUGUUGUUCGAGGAGUUGGAUGUUCUGUCCCUCCGCUUCACACCCGUCAGUGGGCCCAACAUCAGCAUCACUAACACUCACCCGAUGCUGCUCAGCUACCCGCUGCACACACACGCCAGCGGGGGAACUCUCAACCUGCAGCUCACACUCAACUCUACUAAUGCAACCGUGUCCAACAGCAGCAACGUGGUGGCCUGUUUCUCUCCCUGGACUCCAGUCCUUGAACUCAACCACUCUCAACGCUGUCGCACAGCUCUGUUUGGAGGAUUCAGUAUUGGUGUGAACGUCAGUGCUCCAAAAGCCGUGGUCAGGCUGCCCUUUCCUCAGUCCACAACAUGGUACCUCACUCUGCAGCUCACCUGCAACAGCGGUGACUGUGGCAACACGUCGGUGGUGUCUGUGGUCCCAGAGGUGUUCCUCAGUGCCUGUGUGGAGGACUGUGGGCCAUAUGGUGAAUGUCGCCUGCUGAGGUCCUACAGCUAUCUGUACGCCGCCUGCGUCUGCACGGCUGGCUGGAAGGGCUGGGGUUGCACCGACGACUCCUCGGCCCAGUCGUACGCACACCAAAUAACUGCGAUCCUGCUGCUCACGCUCAGCAAUCUGUUCUUCCUUCCCGCUAUCGUGGUGGCCGUCAGACGCUCUUACCUCACAGAGGCCUCCAUCUACCUCUUCACCAUGUUCUUCUCCACGUUCUACCACGCCUGUGACCAGCCAGGUGUAGCGGUUCUGUGUAUAAUGGACUACGAUACCCUGCAGUACUGUGACUUCCUGGGGUCGAUCUGUUCCAUCUGGGUCACCAUUCUGUGCAUGGCUCGUGUCAGAGACCUAAUUAAAUAUACCCUGUUUAUGCUCGGGGCCUUACUCAUAGCCAUGUCGAUGCAACUGGACCGGAAAGGCCUGUGGAACCUGCUGGGCCCCAUCCUCUGUGCCAUACUCUUCAUGGUCAUUACCUGGGUGUACCGAGGGGUCCGUCGCAGACGCUGCUACCCGCCUUCCUGGCAGCGCUGGGUCUUCUUCCUGAUCCCCGGACUGCUCUGCGCUCUAGUCGGGGUUUGUUUGUACAUCUUUGCUGAGACGGAGGACAACUACUACUACACACAUUCGCUGUGGCACAUCCUGGUGGCCAGCUGCGUGGUGUUCCUGCUACCGCCCAAGGAGAAGAACAUUGAGGAGCUGGGCUGGAGCAGAGGCUGGAGCUGGAGCUGGAGGCCUCGGGUUUGUGGAUAUACACUCUGCCAGAGCAACAAGGAGGAACUCUAUACGGUCACAUAGCAGGUCAGGAGGUUCUGGAAGAGAGCAGAGGGACUGGUUAUCGAUUAUCUGGUUUUUGUCCAGUAGACAUUCACAAGCAGUGUGGAAACUUCACGUUUCUUUAUAUUAUCACAGGUCUGCGGUCUUUGUGUUCACAUUAAUCAGAUUGUAAGUGUGGACGGUGACACGGAACCACAACCUUCAGUUAGAGCUUCAGGUUCUACGGAUCAGGAUUACAUGGACACUAGUCUCUACCCACAAUGCAACAUGAGAUUACCCGCCGUAUUGUUGGAAGCGUGAUGCUGGUUUGAGGAAAGCUCUGAUGCAUGAUUUUAUCCCAAUAUAUCAAAAUGUUUGUAGUCGUUUUUCUGUGAUUUGCAGCAGAUUUUUAAUUUGCUUUGACUUAAAUGCUCACAAACCGAGUUUCGUGUUUUAACCAUUUAAACCAGUUUUUAACUUGUGGUUGAGUUGAUCAGAACGUGUUCAAGCACACUGAUCGCCACCGUCGCGCUUCUCUGCUUUUGAUCCUGAUCUGUAGAGCUUGGACCUCACAGCCAGGACUCUGCUUGUUUAUGUAUGUAUUUAUGAAUUUCACCAUGUGGAACACGAACGUUUGAAAUGUUUAUGAUGAAAAGCUCUCUAUGGAACUCUGAAACGGGAACUCUUUUAAACGCUCUUGUGUUUUUGCUGCAGGUCCGGGUGGACUUGGACUAGUUUUACCCAAGUCUUUAAACGUGCUUCCUCUUUUAACUGCUACAUCCUUUGUGUCCCGCUCUGACUUGUUUAGGUAAAAUAACGUAAGCCUCGUAGAAAACACCCGAAACCACCGAGUCACUCUUAGAUCAUCUCAUUUCUCCCAGACGCUGCACAUGGCGGCUCUGGGUUGUGAUGACGCUCGUAUCUCAGAUCAGACUAAUGUUUUAAAAAUGGCCUAAAAAACGCACAUCUGUGUGUUCUUUCUUCCUGGUGUGAUUAUAAAAGGGCUUCUACCAGGUGUGUGUCUUCAGGUAAAGGAUCUGCUCGAAGGCCGUUUGUAUUGUAAUGAAGGUUUCAGUGGGAGCACGGGCAGAAUGUCUUGCCCUCCAGCCAGAACCUGAAAACAGCACCAGUAGGCAACAACUUAUUCAAAAGAGCCUUUAUUCACACCGGCAAUAAUAAAACACGAGUCCUUCACACUAAAAGCCAGCUGAUCAGCAUGUAUAAAGACGAGCAGAGGUACUUAGCUGUCCCAGUUGAUGCGACCCCCCCUCCCCGGGGUCUGAGCUACCGACACCGUCCAACGCCCCGGGGCUCAGCUUGCGAGGACGGCGGGUAAAUCCACAUCUUGGGUCCGGCUGCCAGAGUCUGUGGCGGCAGAUGUCGGCGUGGUCUCGGCACCCAGCUACUCCCAGCCCUCGCUACCUAAAGAAGGCGUCAAGCCUUCCCUCCUAGCGCUGGAACACUGCCCACCUGCUCAACUGUCUUCAUCGCCGGCAGUCCUAAACGACUGCGAUUGACCCCACCCCCCAGAAUCUGGUGCCACGACGACAGGUCGACCACACACACCACCUCGGUAGAUCUGCCGCCCUCUUGUUCUCUCCGGCCUCGUUACCCGUAACAAGGACCAGCUGGCGUCCAAUCACCACGCCCUCAGAAUCCGGCAACUCCCGUCUUCUGUCUUCCACGGCACGGUCACCCAACAUCAAAACAAACUCCGUCCAUCAUGACCAGUUUGAAGCAAACGGAAACUGACCUGAGUCAUGACUCUUUUCUUGACCCUAGUCGGUCAGCUGCAGCAGCAGCAGACAUGAUGAUGUCAUCUUUACACAUUCAGACCAAAACCAGGAAGUGGUUUUCACAUGGAUGAUUCCACCUGAAGGGCUUCUUAAAAAUUAAUGUCAUUUACAUUUGCUUCAUCUCUAGCAGUGGUGUUCAGUUGGAUGAUGCAUGUUUACCGUUUAUAGCUAAAUGUUGGAUAUUUCUCUGUAGCUCUGUGUGUGUGUGUGUGUGUGUGUGUGUGUGUGUGUGUGUGUGUGUGUGUGUGUGUGUGUGUGUGUGUGUGUGUGUGUGUGUGUGUGUGUGUGUGUGUGUGUGUGUGUGUUUACAGUAGGAGCCUGUGGAGCUACUGCCAAAUGCGGGACACAACAGUUUAUGUUUGCUGUUAUUUUUGCACAGAACUUUCAGCCUUUUUUGUUAAAAAAUAAAAACCUGUCUAACGCUUGUUACCACUACUGUAAGUUGUUCUUAUUCUCAGUAAAAAUGUACUCUAUAACCAGUUAUAUGUUGAACCAGGAAAAAUAAAUCAGCUGUGCCAGUA